AUGGUUAUCGCAGUACUAUCCUUCAAGAGCAGUCGAGCUGAUGAGCUUAUACGAGUCAUAGAAUUUGAACGAGAUAUUAAGCUGUUCACACUUGUUAGCUCUCCAUUUGAGUAUUUAAAGGCUUGUACAGCAGAGGGGAAUACAACUUCAUCAUGCGUAGAGAAUAAUACAUUUUCUUUUCUAAUAGAGAUGGGCUAUGAAGCCGACGAAGCUUAUACAGCUAUUAAAAGAUGUGGUAAAGAUACCCCAAUAAUGGAUGUGAUUGAAUUCAUUGAUGCUGCGCGUAUGCGCCAUGAUGCACAUGUUGCUCCUUCAGAGGUAAAGGUAGAGGAGCUGCAGUCCAACAGACACAACCAUGAAUUAAAUAGGAGUACGAGGUUCAAGAAACGAAAAAUGGAUGAAAUGGCUCGUCUAUCAAAUAAAAUGAUAGGAUUCGGGGUCCCUGGUGUACCAGUGCCACCCAUGGUUAUUAAUAGAAAUCUUCCCCAUUAUAUAAGAGGUCCUCCUUACUUUUACUAUGAGAAUGUAGCACUUACCCCUAAAGGAGUUUGGAGUACGAUAUCAAGGUUCUUGUACGAUAUUGAGCCAGAGUUCUUAGACUCCCAAUACUUUUGCGCCGCUCAGAGGAAAAGAGGCUAUAUACAUAACCUCCCAACCAAUAACAGAUUCCGGCUUCUUCCUAUUCCUCCUACCACUAUUCAAGAAGCAUUCCCUCUAUCAAGGCCCUGGUGGCCAGCUUGGGACACAAGAACUAAGCUCAACUGUCUGGUUACAUGUGUAGGAAGUGCUCCACUUACCGAGAGGAUAAAGAUAGCAGUCGAAAAAUCAGCUGAAAAUGAGCAUUUUAGGUAA